GCAAUUUCUAUCCCAGGUUUUUCUUGAUCAGUUCCUUAUUUUUUGGCUUUGCGAAGCCGGUGUUUCCUGGUGGCUUGCAAACUUGCAAACUCGCUUGCACUGCUUCUUGUGGAUACUAUUGCUUGGCUAACGCAUCACAGCCUUUUCUCGGCGUUUCGAGUCGAUGCUCACCUUGCUUUUAACAUACAGUUACACAAUAAUGCAGCAUGCCGAGCUGGAUCAGAUGAUGGUUGAGGCUGAGCAUGCUAACCCAACCCUUGACGCUGCUAGCCAUUUCUCCAGCAUAUGGUAUAUAUAAAUGUUGACAUAGUAUGGGGGCCCUUAGCAUUUAGGUUACCUUCAGUCACUCUAGACCCUCAUGUUUUGGAUCUUUUUCCACCUUCGUGCCCAGACGGCGCUUGGAUCCAAAAAAACGCCCGGACCCUCAACGUUGUGUAGGGGCUGAAUUGGAAGGCUUCAUUCGCGCUUGUGGUUUUCACCGAUCCUUCCUGUGCAUCGAUGCGCGGGUUCAGCCGCCCCGGGCACAAACGCCUGCGACCUUGCAGGAGCUGCCACAGAUGCCUCGAGCAUCUCUCGGGACAGAGUGGAGCUCAUGGGCUGCCACCGGCCUGCUAGCAGCUGGUGCCGCGGCAUUGGCAUGGAGGUCUCAGGCUCGUGAUGACUCCUCCACUACCAUGUAUGGUGGACAUGACAAGCGCACCUUUCGCGGGAAGUUGCAUGCUCACACCUUCGGGAAGUUCCGCCUGAGAAAGGGCAAGAAGAGACGCAUCAAAGCCAUCAAGAAUGGCACGUUUGAUGCGAGCAAAGUGGUGCAGAGAGGUCAGCCUGAACCAGAACACCCAUGGGAUCUCGACAACUUGAUCGAAAACCCGCUCUACUAUGCACCGGACUAUUUCACGGAGGUGCUCUAUGAUUAUUGGGGUGAUGUCAACGACAAGAUGCGCGAGAAGUGGCAGGAAUACAUGGGUGUAAAGGGCAACCAGAGAUAUUUCAAGAACUGGAGCCCGCCUGAAAUGAAUGCAUGAGUUGCACGGUUGGCGGAAAGGAGUUUGUAGCAGUUGCC